AUGGUAUUAAUAACGCCUUUUAAUAAGGUGCGUGUCGAUUGCACGGCUCUUUUAUUCUGCGUGGCCAUCAUGUGCGAGCUCGCUUUGGCUCAGAAUGACACGGAACCCAUCGUCCUGGAGGGGAAAUGUCUAGUGGUGUGUGACUCGAACCCCGCCGACUGGAAGAGCUCGUCUUCGCCGCUCGGCAUCUCCGUGCGCGCCGCCAACUCCAAAGUGGCUUUCUCCGCGGUGCGGAGCAACAACCACGAACCCUCGGAGAUGAGCAAUAAAACGAGGAUCAUAUAUUUCGACCAGGUUCUUGUCAACAUAGGAAACUAUUUCACACUGGAAUCCGUCUUUCUGUGCCCUCGGAAAGGAAUCUACAAUUUUAACUUCCACGUUAUUAAAGUGUACCAGAGCCAGACUAUACAAGUGAAUUUAAUGCUAAAUGGAAAACCAGUCAUCUCUGCCUUUGCCGGCGACAAAGAUGUCACGCGUGAGGCGGCCACCAAUGGGGUUCUUCUCCAUCUGAACAAAGAAGACAAGGUUUAUCUGAAACUAGAGAAGGGGAACCUGGUAGGCGGCUGGCAAUACUCCACUUUUUCUGGCUUUUUGGUUUUCCCUCUGUAA